GGCCGGCGACCGGCUCCGGCUCGUGUCGCCGCCGUGUCUUUCCAUCAACACGUCGCUUGGUCGCUCGGUCGUGUUCCGACCCGACCCGACCCGACCCGACCCAACCCACAAAACCAAAACCAAAACCAAAAACCCUAUCCAUCCCCUCUCUCAGCUCACCCUCCUUCCGCCGCCGGCGACGAGCUGCGCGCUGCCGUGAGGUCCAGCACGCCGCCCGCCUGCCUAUUCACCGGCGCGCAGCCGACCACAACCUAAGCUUCGCCCAUAUCUUCUCCCUCGAUUCGCCGCCGCCGCGAUGCAGCUCUCCUCCCUUGGUCGCCCCCACGGCAAACCCUGGGUUCGCCGGCGCGGCCGCCUCCUAACGUCGUCUACGACCCCGCUCCGAUCUCCGGUACCAUCGCUACUCCAGCCCGACGCCUGCCUGCGACCACCUCCAGGCUCCCCUGCUCGCCUCCCCUCAAUGUCCCCGCACGGUCUGCUCGGCUGCUCCAGAUCGCCAGUGUGGUGGUGCUGCUUCUGCUGCUCCACUACUACUACUACCUCGGCUACCUCCAUGACGGUCAGCUUAGGUUGUGCUGAUGUUCAUACACCAACCUCCGUGCUGCCUGGACGUCUCGCGCCGCAGCUCAACUGCGACGUAAUCGCUCGCACAUGGCCCCAACUCCACCGCCACUUCAGCCGAAUGUGUGUGACGACCACGGCUGCGCGUGCGACCUCACACAGUCUCUGCAUUGUCCAGUGUCCCAGCAGCGACCGCAACACAUGACUCUGCUCCAUGUUGCCGACCACCCGUUCGACUGAAAGGAAGCUCACAAGGCAAUAUCACCCAGCGUGCCAUUUGUUGCCUAUCGGGCUACUCACAUAACCUCAUCAUGCCUACUGACUAGCAUUGCAGGUUUUUGCGAUUUCUUUUUACCUUCUAGAUACUUAUGCCUGCCAGGCUAUACGAUCAGUUGCUGUGUCAACUAUUUAUCCAUUCAAAUUCUUCAGCUUAUCUCAAAAAAAUGAAAGUGUUUACUGUUCGUUUAUU